AUGGCCCCUCCGGCCUCGUCGUCGGCUGAGCGCCACCCCCAAGCCAACGGUAAGGCCGCUGUGGUGGCAACGAGGUCCGAGAAAGCUCCUGGAACACCGCGGAGGGACAAGAGCAAUGGGCGGGAAAGUUCGGCGGUGCAGGACCCAGGCCUGAAGGACUACCGUCUUGGCGAGUGUUUGGGCAAGGGAGCAUUUGGCUCCGUUUAUAAAGCUUUCAACUGGGGUACUGGAGAGGCUGUCGCCGUGAAGCAGAUCAAGCUGGGCGAUCUACCAAAGAGCGAAUUGCGCAUGAUUGAGUCUGAAAUCGAUCUCCUGAAAAACCUUCAUCAUGACAAUAUCGUCAAAUAUAUUGGCUUCGUCAAGUCUGCCGACUGCCUCAACAUCAUCCUCGAAUACUGCGAAAAUGGAUCCCUUCACUCGAUCCUCAAGGCUUACGGAAAGUUCCCCGAGAACCUGGUCGGCGUGUAUAUGACCCAGGUUUUGCACGGUCUCCAGUACCUCCACGACCAGGGUGUCAUCCAUCGUGAUAUCAAGGGCGCCAAUAUCUUGACCACCAAAGAUGGCACUGUCAAGCUAGCCGACUUCGGUGUUUCUACGAGUACAAUAGCCGGAAACCAAGAUAAGGAAGCGCAGGUGGUAGGGACGCCCUACUGGAUGGCUCCCGAGAUUAUCCAGUUGUCCGGCGCGAGUUCGGCCUCGGAUAUCUGGAGUGUUGGGUGUACCGUUAUCGAGCUCCUCCAAGCGAGGCCACCAUAUCACAACCUGGCGGCUAUGCCGGCGCUGUUUGCCAUCGUCAAUGACGAUCACCCUCCUUUGCCCGAAGGAAUCUCUCCUGCGGCAAGGGAUUUCCUGAUGCAAUGCUUCCAGAAGGAUCCCAACCUUCGUGUAACUGCGCGAAAGCUUCUUCGGCAUGCCUGGAUUGUCGGCUGCCGCAAGAGCGAGCCGCAGGUCUCCAAGGCGCCAUCCAAUUUUAGCCAAGCGUGCUCCCCCAUGGCUCACAACCAGGGCGCAAUGCGAUUCCGAGAACCCGACCCCCUUCGCUCGAACCACGCCACCCCUGCUCGUGUUGCGCUUGCAAAGCCUCGCGCCCUACCCGAAGCAUUCAGGUCUCCUGAACUAGCAGACGAUGACAACUGGGACAAUGACUUUGCGACGUCCAUCUCGCCCAGCGCAUUGCACCUACCCCAUCUUAAACCGCAGGACAACUUUGGUGGACUGUUGUCUGCUGAUCGGCUCAAGGCAUUCGCGUCCGCAGUCGACCUUAGUGACGUCUCGGAGAACUACGACGACGACUUCGAAGGCGAACUUCUCACCAUCAAAGUCGCUAGGAAUACUUCCCAAGAUGACAGCUUCGAUGCCCAAGAGAAGACGAUACGCCCGCUCCUCGCAAAGCAGAAAAGAGCCAGGAUUU